AUGGCGGAUCCACGGCUGGAAAGGCAGCUGCGAUAUUAUUUCAGUGAUAAAAACCUUUGGAAGGAUGAGUGGUUGGUAAACCAGCUGGGCCCGGACGCAACCGGUUUCAUCUCUGCAGAUGUCAUUGCAGGCUUUAAUCGGGUGCAGCAAAUCACCAACGACUUUGAUUUAGUCGUGUCAAGUUUGCAGCGGAUAGUGGAGUUGGAGGUCACUGAGCUGGAUGGGAAAGUCCAGGUACGACGCAGAUACCCACUACCGCCCAAACCACUUACUGAAGCCGAUGCACCUGGUACAGAAGCGAUUGUUGAUGAGCAGGAGCUUCAGGUGGCCCUCCAGGUGGCCUCAACCCCAGUGCCGGAUGAACCGGGCAGUCUUGCUUCGGACGACAUUUUUCUCACUGGCUUUCGUCGAGUGCCUAAGACAGGAGUCAUAUUUGUUAUGGAUGAAGCCAGCAAGGCAGGGUAUUCUGGAUUGACUGCGCACGAAUGGUCGAAUCUAGGCCAAGGGUCACCAGAGACCACCAAAGCAAAAAAUUGGCCCACAAAUGUUAGGAAGCGCCUUACAGAGCUGGUUGAGAAGGGUAAGUUGACCUCUGAACUGGGCCCUUUUCAGCUUCAAUCCUUGGAAGUGAACGAGGAGAACCUGCAUUAUGGCAGUGUGAAUGGAGACUGGGCUUUGCGCCGUGCAGUGGCUCGCUUCUACAACGACAUCUAUCGGAAAGGGAAAAGUUCACUUUACUCUGCAGAAAACGUCGCUAUCGUCGGCGGAGGCCGUCUUGCGCUGACCCGAUUGUGCUGUGCGAUGGAUAACGUCAAUCUUGGUCACUUUCUUCCGGACUACACGGCAUAUGCUGAACUCCUUAGUCAGUUUAAGACCAUCAACUCCAUUCCCAUUCCUUUGGAUCCCAAGAACAACUUCCGCAUCACAUUGCAGGAGCUUCGUCGUGAAAUUGUUGGACGCGGCCUUUCUGUCCUCUUGCUUUCCAAUCCAUGCAAUCCGACUGGUCAGCUUGUGGAGGGUGAAGAGCUGAAAAAUUGGGUUCGAAUUGCCAGAGAGACCCAGUGCUCUAUAGUCCUUGAUGAGAUAUACUCACGCUACAUCUACACGCAACGGAUGUCGCCCACAGACGCCACGUGGCGCACGGUUUCUGCGGCACAGUUUGUGGAGGAUGUGAAUCGAGAUCCAAUCAUUAUUCUCGACGGUCUGACAAAGUGCUGGCGAAUGCCAGGUCUGCGUGUUUGUUGGAUUGUGGGUCCGAAGUCCCUCAUUGACUCCGUUGGUGCGGCUGGAUCAUUUCUGGACGGAGGUCCUUCUCUUCCAACGCAGCGGUCCUGCGUGCCACUCGUGAACCCAAAGGAUGUGAUUGAGCAGACUAUCAUGCUCCAGGUUCUCUUUAGCCACAAGCGUGAUUUCUUACUCCGAAGAUUACAGGACAUGGGCAUCGUCGUGGAACAUCCGCCUCAGGGUACCUUCUACUGCUGGUGUGACAUCUCCAACUUGCCCACACCCUUGAACAAGUGCUGGGGAUUCUUCCGCGAGCUGUUGCGGGAGAAGGUCAUUGUCACUCCUGGUGUCUUUUUCGAUGUCAACCCCGGAAGCCGAAGGAAGUUCAACAGCUAUGACUCCUUCGUCCGGCUGUCCUACGGGCCCAGCUUCAAGGAAGUGCAGCGCGGUCUUGACGGUAUGCAGCGUGUCAUCGAGCGUCACCGCCUAAAGAGGCGAGAAGAAGACACUGCUAGCACUCGUUCAGGCAUAUAG